AUUUUAAUUUUAAUAGUGUUACGAAUAUUGUUCAUCGAAAAAGAGCUUUUCUGUCACAUUUUAGAAUACAUUAUUUAUUAAUCAUUAACAAAACAUCUUUAUUUUGAACGUUAAAUGACUUUUAACAUUGCAUCAAGCAUUUUCUUCAUAUUGUCACACUAUUUUCUGUGUCCUACCUUGUCAGACCUGAACGAGUCCAUUUUACUAAAAGGGAGGGGGCGGGACACCGCUCCCUAGCCCACCUCUUCCGCGGCCCCAAUGUCAUUUGGCUCCCUACGCGCCUGUUUAGUCCACCGUUAUUUCGUUAUUAAAGAAAAUGCAUUUUACAAACCAUGAGCAAGUCCCUUUAAGUUUGGAAGGUAACGAAAAUAAAAUGAUCAAGUCACCAUGUGUCUGAUCGCGAUAGGUUUGCACCAAUUUACAAAUGACGUAAGCGGAUCUGCUUUAAAGUGAUUUUGUAACUGAAGGAUGUGUUAUACAUAGUCUAAUGUUAGUUACUGCGCGUAUUUAGUUACGAAUCAGUGGCGAACAAAUGUACCAAUCUAAGAUGUUGUAUUAUAUAUGAUAUAAAAACAAUAUGUAGGAGGAUAUGCAGCUGAAAUGCUUGCGAUUGACUAAGGGAAAAUGCAUUUUUGAAAGACAAUUCAAGUGUUAUAAAACUGGAUGCUACAAUUAUUAAAUCGGGUUGUUUUUGGAUAUUAUGUUUUAUGAGGCUGUUUUCACAUCAGGAAGUGAACAUUUUACUUCUCAACCGUGACCGUGACUCAGCCACACUCAGGACCAUACUUCACAUACUAGAGAGUGACCAAGUAAGGUACUACACAGGGACUACACAAGGCACUAGCUAGUGAUCAAACAAGAGGCCAACUAGUGACUACACAAGGCACUAGCUAGUGAUCAAACAAGAGCCCAACUAGUGACUACACAAGGCACUAGCUAGUGAUCAAACAAGGGCCCAACUAGUGACUACACAAUAUACGAAGCAGUGAGCACACGAGAUGCUAUCUAACGACUACACAAGCUUCUACUUAGUGACUACACAAGAUACAAACUAGUGACCACACAAGAGACUAGCUAGUGACCACACAAAAUACAAGCUAGUGACCACACAAGAUACUAGUUAGAGACCACAGAAGAUACAUGCUAGUGUCCACACAAGAUACUAGCUAGAGACCACACAAGAUAUAAGCUAGUGACCACACAAGAUAAUAGUUAGUGAUUAAACAAGAUACAGGCUAGUGACCACACAAUAUACAAGCUAGUGACCACACAAUAUACUAGCUAGUGACCACACAAGAUACUACCUAGUGACUACACAAUAUACUAGCUAGCCACACAAGAUACUAGCUAGUGGCUACACAAGAAACUACGUAGUGACUACCCAAGAUUUUACCUAGUGACCACACAAGAUACUACCCAGUGAUUACACAAGAUACUACCUAGUGGCUACACAAGAUACUACGUAGUGACUACCCAAGAUACUACCUAGUGACUACACAAGAUACUUCCUAAUGACUACCCAAGAUACUACCUAGUGACUACACAAGAUACUACCUAGUGACUACACAAGAUACAACCUAGUGACUACACAAGAUACUACGUAGUGACUACCUAAGAUACUACCUAGUGGCUACAAAAGAUACUACCUAAUGACCACGCAGGGUACAAGCUAGUGACCGCACAAGAGACUACCUAUAAAGCACACAAGAGACUAUAAAGGUGACUAGCUGGGUAACCAAGGCGUCUCAACCGUAUGUGAAUAUAUGUUAAAUAUAUACAUCACAAUCUAAACUGAUAAUGGAACGCCACUCUAGGCAUAAGCCAGAGACGAACAGCUUAAACUAUUUUAAAUGACCACAACUUAUCAGGUACUGAAAGUUUACGUACUUAACGCUACACUGAAUGUACAAACGCUUAUAUUGGGCCUAAGCCGGAGAAAGACGUCAUACUCAGAGAAUUUACCACGCUUCGUCAUAACCGGAAGUGACAGAUGGGUAGCGGUUGUCACGGGACUCUGGUUGGCCAACGGAAGUUGGGUGGCAACCGAUUGGCCGGCAGCACCCAGGUGACGCUUCUGGCGGUGGGCUAUAUUCUCUUGGUCUCCUUGGCUCAAACAUCCGGAUUCCAAGACAAAAUGUGGACAGAUGCUCACAAUGCAUGCCGAACGACGAAUACAACCUUGCCCGAAAUGUAUCUAGGGAGCACCCCAAAGGAAAGGAUUCGACUUGUUGGGUCUACAGGGCCUCUUUGGCUGAUGGGAUUUGAAGUAUUUGGACGAUUGAAUAAUGAAGGGAGGUUGCAUGGCGUCCUAUACCUGAAUUCAACAGAUACAGCAAAUGUGCUUUGUGGGAUUGAUGGCAAAGGCAAGACAACGUAUGCUGUUGCUCAAAGCCUGUGUAGCGAUAAAGCUCCGAUGUUGAGCGUAACGGCAUACAACAUAUCGCAUACGGCGCUGGAACGCGAUCAAUAUAACUCCAGUCUUUGGAUCGACACCAUUGACCCUGGCGAGUUUAUAAACGCUGAUGGCACGGAUGUUCAGAUUCUCUGCUACAUUCUGACAGAGUCAGGGGAAAUUCAGACAGACAACUGUACAAACAGUCACCCCUUCCAAUGCGUUAACGGCAGUCUAGCGCCUGUGGUGCGGUACUUUGGGAAGACAUCCCCGUUUAACCGCUACUCUUCCGGGACCCACACGACACACGGAGGAACUUCCGGUACUCCUCGCACCUCAACGUCACGCGCUAAUCUAAUGGACCAAGAUCUGCUUAUUACGCUUUUCUGCACCGGGGCAGCUGUCAUUCUUGCUGUUGUGGUCGCCGUCUGCUGCUGUUGUUGUCGUCAAAAUAGGCAUGGGAAAAGCGGGUCACCGAGUUUGGCCGAUAACUACUCGGAAACCGCCGAUUCCGUCACGUUCAACGCCUUGAAAUCGUCAGAAGCCAGCGAGUACGCCACGCCAUCAGACGCGCUUGGAGGAGGCGGCCCAAAGACAGCUCGUCCCAGAUCGUCUCUGAUUGAGGGCGAAUAUGAUGUGUUGCAACAGGGCAACGCGCAGACAGAUAAACCUAAACGAAAAGUGGCGAUUGUGAACGCUUAUAAUCACGUGAUAAUUGUGCCGCCCAAUCAGGAUCGAGCGAGUGGAUCAAAGGAGUGCGAAAAUGAAUAUGACGUGUCAACCUUACAUAAACAGACGAACAUUGUUGUUGAUCCAGAAAAAGGGUCCGGAAAUGUUUAUGGUCACGUGGAUAUUAGAUAGUAUUAAGGCCAAAAACAAUAAUUGUUUGUUUCGCUCUCUAUAAAAACUACACAUUUACGCGUCUUUUCGAAGCAAUACACUAUCGAAAAGAUGAGCCAAAAAGGAGAACGAAUACAAAGUCAGAAUUUUUUACCAAUGGCAAUACAGUAAAACUUCUGUAUCUCGAAAAGGCGAUAACUCGAACAGGCGAUACUUCAAGACCUGCGGAUUGGUCGAUGUCGGGGCUAAGUCCCGACCCUUCUUCCUUCUAUUUUCAUAUUAAAUAUUAUGUGCAAAAAUAAGGUCCGGCGGUAAAAGUUAAAGGAGGUCGGGAAUUCGGAAACAAACUUUUUUGUAUUCAGCAAGAAAGUGGAUCUGUGAUAUGUGUGCGAUGUAAUUUUGUUAACAUUUUCUAAACAUUACUUGUAUAAACUGUUUUGUUACCUUUGAUAAAAGAGCAUUAUAUGUUUUA